CAAACGUGACGACUCCGACCGCACGGCUCGGCAGCUGUUCGGAGCCGAGCACCGGGCUGGGGGUUCAGUCAGCAUCAAAGAGCAGUUCACGUCGGGGGAGAGAGCCAGUACGGGCUCCGCCAUCGCCACAAACAUCAAAGGUGGAGGAAUUGCGACUGGGUAUCUCAGAUGGAAUAUCACAUCAGGUCUACACCCCACUCUGCUCCCCAGCACCUGAAUAUCAUCAGCCUGUGAGCGUGGAAGGAGAGAUGCUGGUUUGUUUCACUUCAGACCCCAGAUCUUCAGAUCCAUUUCCUUGAGAAUAUUCAAAUGUUCUUUCCACCUGUUUCUAUUUGAAGAAAGUAAUUAAUUCAGCCAUCUUUUUACUGACUGAUCGCUGAGGUCCUGGGGAAACAUUGUCGCCCUGCUUCAGGCGCAUGACGGGACUCACUCAGUCACCCGAUUCACUCGCUCAUCCCACUUGGUGAAACAGCACUGAACUGACACCAGAGAGAGGCCAUUCUGCUGCCCAGUCUGUCAUCCAGCCUCCUGAUACAUUUGACCCCAGGAAAAACUUUAAGUGACACAGCGACCUGAUGAAACGCCCGCAAGAUCCCGCCGGUGAGAGGCCCUUCACCUGCUGUCACUGUGGAAAGGGUUUCAAAAAUUCCUCUGGACUACAGAGACACCAGCUGGUCCACACUAGGGAGAGGCCAUUCAUAUGCUCUGAGUGUGGCAAGGGAUUCACUCAGUCGUCUGACCUCCUGACACACCAACGAAUUCACACCGGAGAGCGGCCGUUCAUAUGCAGUCAGUGUGGCAAGGGGUUCACUCGAUCGUCCCACCUGCUGACACACCAACGAAGUCACACCGGGGAGCGGCCAUUCAUCUGCUCUGAGUGUGGGAGGGGAUUCACUCGGUCAUCUGGACUUCUGACGCACCAACACAUUCACACCAGAGAGAAGCCCUACACCUGCUCCGACUGCGGGAAGGGAUUCACUCAGCUGUCCAUGCUUCUGACGCAUCAACGCAUUCACACCGGGGAGACAUCGUUCACCUGCUGUCACUGUGGGAAGGGUUUCGUAGAUUUAUUCAGGCUACAGAGACACCAGCUAUUCCAUAGCAGUGAGAGGCCAUUCAUCUGCUCUGAGUGCGGGAAGGGAUUCACUCAGUCGUCUGACCUUCUGACACACCAACGAAUUCACACCGGGGAGCAGCCGUUCAUCUGCCAUCAGUGUGGCAAGGGGUUCACUCAGUCUGCCCACCUGCUGAUACACCAGCGGAUUCACACCAGGGAGAGGCCAUUCAUCUGCCCCGAGUGUGGGGGGAGAUUAACUUGGUCUUCUGAGCUCCUCACGCACCAAAAUAUUCACACUGGGAAGAGGCCCUUUGCUUGCUCCCAAUGCGGGAAGGGUUUCACUCGGUCAUCCGUAUUGCUGAUGCACCAACGAAUUCAAACCGGGGAGAAGCCAUUCACCUGCUCCGAGUGCGAGAAGGGGUUUACACGAUCGUCUGACCUUCUGAGGCACCAGCGGAUUCACACCGCGGAGAGACCCUUCACCUGCUCAGAGUGCAGGAAGGGGUUCACUCAGUCGUCUGAACUUCUGGCACACCAACGAAUUCACACCGGGGAGAGGCCGUUCACCUGCUCCGAGUGUGGGAAGGGGUUCACUCGGUCGUCUGCCCUUCUGAGGCACCAGCGGAUUCACACCGCAGAGAGGCCCUUCCCCUGCUCAGAGUGCAGGAAGGGAUUCACUGAGUUGUCUGAGCUAUUGGCGCACCGACGAAUUCACACCGGUGAGAGGCCGUUCACCUGCUCUGAGUGUGGGAAGGGAUUCACUCGGUCAUCUGCCCUUCUGAGGCACCAGCGAAUUCACACCAGAGAGGCCCUUCACCUGCCCUGAACGUGGAAGAACUUCAUUCGAUUGUCUCACUUCUGGAGGCACCGAUGAACUCACACUAAAGGGACUGUUUAAAUGUGCGGUACAUACGUGGGGCAUUUAAACAAUGCAGCUGCUGAGAGAGCGGUGAGUUUACAAGUGACUGCAGGAACUGAUUCUGCAGUUAUUGCUGCUGUUGAUCACAUCCAGGUUUGGACCCUGGUUACUGGACACAUUUGGGUUGUUUCCCCUGGAACUGCAGGUACAUUUGUAUUCUGCAUCAAUUAUAAAUAGAUCUGUUCUGUGUGAAUGAACUGGGCUUGUGGAGGAUGUGAAGAGACUUUAAGGAGAUACAGAGAAGCUAUAGCCCCAUUGUCAUCUGUGACUCUACUGUCUGCUGGGGCAGGUGGGAGGGCCAAGUGGCCCUUUCCUGUGGUAUGUUGCUCACACAAGGCAGGGAGCACAACACACUGAGGGUCCAACAGCAUCCGUGGAGGCAGAAGAUAUGAGGCAGUGGUCUGGGUUUCCUGACGCAGGGUCUCGACUGGAAACGUCAACUUGUACCUUCAUCGUCCAGAGACGCAGUUCGACUGUUAAGCUCUAUCAGUGUCCGGUUUUGUGGUUCCAGGGUCCAGCGACUGGUUCUCCUAGGGGAAAUGGGCCGAGUGCAAAGUGGCGUUUUUGGGAAGACAAGCCCGGGCUGGACUCGCACAGUGAAUGGAAGUGUCCUGGGGAGCACUGGGAGAACAGAGAGACUUGCAUGAACAGAGUUCCCUGAAAGUGGUGACGUUGAUGGACAAGGUAGUGAAGGCAUUUGGCACACUGGCCCUCACCGUAGAUCACAGUAAAUUAAAGUACAUAUACGUCCCAGUAUACAACCCUGACAUUCAUUUUCUUGUGGGCAUACUCAUUAAUUCCAUAAUAGAAUAGCAACCAAAUAGAAUGAAUGAAAGACCACAUCAACUGUGGUGUGCAAAAGACAACAAACUGUGCAAGUACAAAGAUAAACAAAUAACGAGCAAUAAAUAUUGAGAACAUGAGAUAUCAAGUCCUUGAAUGUGAGUUCAUAGUUUGUGGGAACAUUUCAAUGAUGUGGCAAGUGCAGCCUGCAUCUUUGCUGUCCAGGGUUGAGUGAAGAGCCAAUCAGAUGGCGUUUGCUGCGGAACUGUUGCUCCGGGAGGAAAAUUGGAUCAGAUACAAGUCGCAUCUCAGGCAUGAGUUGAUAGGUUUCGUCGUGAGUCUCUCAAAAUACUUCAUCACUGUGGAUGUAAGUGCUACUGGAUAGUAGCCGUUGAGGCAGUUUACCCUGGUUGUCUUGGGCACUGGUAUAAGUCAAGUCUGCUUGAAGAAGGUGGGUAACUCAGACUGCCGAAGCGAGAGGUUACAGAUCUCAGUGCACGUCAGCCUCAGAGACUGAAAUCACAGGAUCAUCGGGUGCUGAGCAAGUUCUUGAUGGCUCCUCCAGAUUUUGACGAUCUGAGCACAGAAAGCAUUGAGUUCACCUGAAAGUGAAGCCCUGUCAUCACCUAUGUUGCAUCAUCAGUCAGGGGUUUGAGUGCAAGAGUCGGCAAGUUGUGAGGCAACUGCUCAAGAUGUCGUUGAGACCACACUUGGAGUUAAUGUGCAUUUCUGGUCACCUAACUACAUGAAUGAUAACAUUACGAAGGCAAAGGUGCAAAAUAGAUUCACAAGGUUGACACCAGGGUCUUGGAAGGCUUGAGUUAUAAAGAGAAUCUGGAUUGAACUUACAAGACCACAGCACAGUGUAGGCCCUCUGGCCCACAACGUUGUGUAGACUUUUUAACCUGCUCUAUGAUUAAUCUGGCCGACUGGUGGCAUAGUGGCAUCAGCGCUGGACUUUGGAGUAAAGGCUCCCGAGUUCAAACCCAGCCGGCUCCCUUGCAUGCCUUCCAUCCAUGCUGGGUUGAGCGUCGUGCUAGCAACUUGGCCUCGUGAAAAUAAGAAAGCCUGCUAAAAAAAAAAACUCCCUCAUGACGGCAUCCCGAUGACUCCACUCGGAGUUAAGGGCUUUCUUCUUCUUCAUGAUUAAUCUAACCCUUCCCAGCUAUAUUGCCCUCUAUUUUUCUAUCAUCCACGUGCUUAUCUAAGAGUUUCUGAGAUGCCCCUAAAGUAUCAGCUUCCACCACCACUGGCAAGGUUUUCCACCCACCCACUACUUUCUGUGUUUUUUUUUUAAGAAAAGACAAACUUUCCUCUGCUGCUUUCUUUCCCUGAAGCAAAAUAGUUUGAGAUGUUGGCCAUGAAGGAAAUAAAUAUGGAAGAAAACAUCAAAUUUGAAAGAGUCAAGGAGAGAAGAAGUAGAUGAACCAGAUGUCUUUGUUCUUGCCAUGUGCUUGAAGGAAUGGAGGCUGCCAUUUUGGGAAGCUGCUCCGUAGCCUCCGUUUUGUGAACAGUUUAAAUUGAUUCUUCCUCUGGAAUAGCUUGAUCAGAGCAAUACAGUGUGGACACAAGCAGUUUUUGCUAUUGAUCUGCAAAUCCUGAGAUCAUUCUCAGAUAAGCUGUUUAUUGUGUACAAUGGCAGGUUUACAGAAGUAAUCUCAUUAUCUCAGCCUAGUGCCUCUGUGACCUGGUUAGAAUGGUUUGUUCCCGAGUCGAAUAGAACAAAAGAAGUCAAUUAAGGCAUGGGUUGUGUCGACCUUGGAUACUUUCAAUGGGAAUCAGACACAGGUCAGUCGGGUGAUGCCAACAGGAUUGAAAUGCAACAUUGAACUGAUGAGAGAAGACUGUAAGGAUGAGAGGCUUCAAAUGCAAAGUGGCAGGAGUUCCAGAGGCUAACUAUUGCAAGGAUGAAACCCAUGCUGGAAGAAAAAGGAUCAAUUGUCUGGCCAGUGGGAGAUUCUACUUCGGUAUUAUAAAUUGGAGAAGUGGUCUGAGUGAGUAUUGGUAUGGGGGAACAGUGGAAUUCAUGCUGGCCAGAGGUCAACAUGGCUACGUUGUUUGUUCAGAGACAGUAAAGUGAAGAGGAGUGUAAAAGGGUGAAUACAGAAGUAGAGAAAUGGGAAAGUCAAUGUCCUAUGAUUGUUGUGCGGAAAUCAGCAGCUAAGAAGAAAGACCAUGCCAAGUGUUUAAAACAGAUUGAAAACCUGCAAAGUCAGCGUAGCUCAGAGAGGAGAAACGUGUGUAUCUGAUGUGAGCACUGAUGGUCAUGGGGAUGCAAAUUGGGGUGAUCUAUGUCUGUGUUGGCCAAGUGGUUAAGGCGUUCAUCUAGCAAUCUGAAGGUUGCUAGUUCGAGCCUUGGCUGAGGCAGCGUGUUGUGUGCUUGAGCAAGGCACUUAACCACACAUUGCUCUGCGACGACACCGGUGCCAAGCUGUAUGGGUCCUAGUGCCCUUCCCUUGGACAACAUCGGUGUCGUGGAGAGGGGAGACUUGCAGCAUGGGCAACUGCCGGUCUUCCAUACAACCUUGCCCAGGCUUGCGCCCUGGAAACCUUCCAAGGCGCAAAUCCAUGGUCUCACGAGACUAACGGAUGCCUAUAUAUGUCUGAGAUGACACCCUAAUAGUGAGGAUGAUUAGGGGAGUGAUCUGCCUUCAUGUGGAUUUUUCCAAGGGAGGGGUGGAACCUUCUACUCCGCCUGCCCCAGUGGUGUCCGUGGUGAUGGAGAGAGCUCAGGAGACACCAGAGCCAGAGGGACCAAUGGUGACACGGCAUUCUACCCCUUUGAAUGUGGCCCAAUUGAGUGCUAUAGCUGCGAUAUACCAAAGUGUAGCUUGGGAGACAACCCUUGGGAACUUUUCCAAUAUAUUCAAGAGCACAGGAUAGGUAGCUCAUGGCUUAGAUGAAGCACAGAAUAGGAAGAUAAGCCUUCUGUGUCUAACUUCAGUGUUACACUCAGCUCUGUCUGAUGAACCUUGUUAUUACAAGGUCGUAAUGUUGCAAUUAAAAGUGUUAACAGUACAACCAAGCUCACUAACAAUUUAGCUUAUCGAUGUGAGCCUCAUGAGUGUCAGGUGACAGCAGUACAAGGACGAACUGACCAUUCAUUCACUUCUUAAAAUCAGGAGAGGAAAAUAAAGUCCAACGACUGGAAAAUUCCUUUUGAAGGAUCUUUAAUGGAUCAUUGUCAGUUCAGGAUGGAGAGAGAUUUAUAGGAUAUGAUUUAUAUGUAGGGGACAAGGAGGGAGCCAAGAUUGAAAGUGUUUCAAUCAAGUUACCAAAAAUAGUGAGUGCCCAGAUGGCAGAACUUUCAGAUGUAGCUUUUGUUGUCAGCCAUCCAGACAGAUAUCCUUAAGGGAAAAUCCUGCCUGACAAACCUACUGGAUUUCUUUGAGGAGAUUACAAGUAGGAUAGAUAAAGGGAAUGCAGUGGAUAUUGUAUAUUUGGACUUUCAGAAGGCCUUUGUCAAGGUGCCACGCAUGAGGCUGCUUACCAAGUUAAGAGCCCAUGGUAUUACAGGAAAGUUACUAACAUGGUUAGAGCAUCAGCUGAUUGGUAGGAUGCGACGAGUGGGAAUAAAAGGAUCCUUUUCUGGUUGGCUGCCAGUGACUAGAGGUGUUCUGCGGGGUCGGUGUUAGAACCACUUGUUAUUAUGCUCUAUAUAAAUUAUUCAGACGAUUGAAAAGAUGGAUUUGUUGCCAAGUUUGCACGAUAUGAAGAUUGGUGGAGAGGCGGGUCAGCUGCAGAAGGACGUAGACAAAUUAGGAGAAUGGGCAAGAAAAUGGCAAAUGAAAUACAAUGUUGGAAAACACAUGGUCAGGCACUUUGGUAGUAGAAAUAAAUGUGCAAACUAUUUUGCAAAUGGGAAGAAAAUCCAAAAAUCUGAGAUGCAAAGGGACUUGAGAGUCCUCAUGCAGAACACCCUAAAAUUUAACUUCACGUAGAAUUGGUGGUGAGGAAGGCAAAUGCAAUGUUAGCAUUCAUUUCAAGAGGUCUAGAAUACAAAAGCAGGGAUGUGAUACUGAGGUUUUAUAAGGCACUGGUGAGGCUUCACCUUGAGUAUUGUGAACAGUUUUGGGCUCCUCAUCUAAGAAAAGAUGUGCUGGCAUUGGAGAGGUUCAGAGGAGGUCCACAGGGAUGAUUUUGGGAAUGAAAGGGUUAUCAUUACAAGGAAUGUUUGAUAGCUCUGAGUCUGUACUCACUGGAAUUUAGUAGGAUGACGGGGGAUCUCAUUGAAACCUUUUGAAUUUUGAAAGGCCAAGACAGAGUAGAUGUGGAAAGGAUGUUUCCCAUGGUGGGGGAAUCUAGGAAGAGGGCAUAGCCUCAGGAUAGAGGGGCAUCCUUUUAAAACAGAAACAAAGAAAGCCCUUUAGCCAGAGGGUGGUGAAUUUGUGGAACUUAUUACCGCAGGCAGCUGUGGAGACCAGGUCAUUGGGGGUAUUUAAGGCAAUGCUUGAUAGGUUUUUGAUUGAACAUGGCAUCAAAGGUUACGGAGAGAAAGCCAGGGAGUGGGGCUGAGGAGGGGGAGAAAGGGUCAGCCAUAAUUGAAUGGUGGAGCAGACUCGAUGGGCCAAGUGGCCGAAUUCUGCUCCUAUAUCAUAUGGUCUUGUAUCCUUCAUCAGCAGUGCAUGUAGUCAGAUAGUAUGUUUUUUUGUAAUGGUUUGACUGAAUAUUUUAUUGUAAGUUGGAGGUUACAUCUCAGCCGAUGGUAAACCUUUACCAUCACUACCCCUGUUGAAGGCUCACUUAAAGACAUGCUUAGAAUGGAAUGAGUUAGACAAACUUGGAGCAAGGUGCAGGGUGAAAUGGAAUCCAGAUAUAGAGCGAGUGAUGACACAGAAACCACCAAUCAGUAUGCUUAUAGACUUCGUGAAGAUACAACAACAGCAUUGAGUUAGCAAAGGUACAGAGAGGAGAGAAUUCUGAAGAGAAUGGGAACUAUCCAUGAGUACAGGUAUGGAGCAGAAUUGUACUUCAUAAUGACAGAUUUAUGGUGCCAGAUGGUGAAAGAAAGAACCCAGAUGAUGUAUUGGUAUCAUGACAUCUUUGGGCACCAAAGAGGAGAUAGAACUAUGGAACAUUUGAAGAAUUUGUGUUGGUGGCCAAAAAAGCAAAGAGAUGUAGAACAUUAUUGUAAGAAUUGUUUGAUUUGUGCCCAGUAUAACCCAGAUAAAUUAGCUAAAAAAGCAGUUUUAAGACACACACAGCCCAUAGAAGGACCAUGGGUUAACUUGCAGAUUGAUUUUGUAGGACCUUUAUCUCUAUCCCUGGAGGACUGAAAUAUGUCCUAGUGAUAGUGGAUACUUUCACCAAGUGGAUAGAGGCUUUCCAAACUAGAAAUAACACCGAGCAACACACACAAAAUGCUGGGGGAACUCUGCAGGCCAGUCAGCAUCUAUGGAAAAAAGUACAGUCAACGUUUUGGGCUGAAACCCUUGGGCAGGACUCUCUUGUUUGUUUAGAAGUAUCACCGAUAAGGUUACGGCCAGGAUUUUGUUUGAGAGAGUUUUUACCCAUUGGAGAUUGUCAAGUAGUAUCAGAUCAAGGUCCCCACUUCUCUGCAAAGUGAUGCAAAACUGUUUGUUUCAUAUCCCUUAUUGACUCCAAUCCAGUGGAACAGGAUUUUAAAGACAACGUUAGCUAAAAUAGCAACAUAAUAUUUUGUUAAUUACUUUUGAAUGCCUCAGUAUAUGGUAUAAAAUCAGGUAUAGUUACAAGUAAAAAUUUGUGACCCUUUGCAAUUACCUAGUUUUCUGCAUUGAUUCUUCAUAAAACGUGGUCUGACCUUCAUCUAAGUUGCAAUAAUAGACAAACACAAUCUGCCUAAACUAAUAACACACAAACAAUUGUAGUUUACGUGUCUUUAUUGAACACAUUCUUUAAUCAUUCACAGUCAAGGCUGGAAAAAGUAUAUGUAUCCUUGUACUUAAUAACUGGUAGAACCUCCUUUUGCAGCAAUAAAGGAACCUAGACUUUGAUUGUUUAAAUGGUGUACUCAGUAUUGACGAAAAGAACAAUUGUUUGUGUGUUAAUAGUUUAGGCAGAUUUGAGUUUAUCUAUUAUUUUGCUUAGAUGAAAAUCAGACCACAUUUUAUGAGUAAUUGAUGCAGGUAAUUACAAAGUGUUCACAGACCAUUUCUUGCAGCUGUAUAUUUUAUCAUGUUUCUUUGAUAUGCUUUUGUACUGAUAAUAUUUUUAAAUAUGCCAUUGUUGAUAUUACUUUUGUACCUGUGUCUUAGAGUAUGAUAUUCUGUAAGUAUCUUUAUCAGUCUUAUUUGGUGUAGUCAUGAAUGCUGGUGUACCUCUUGGACUGUAUUCACUCAGACAUAUAAACAGUAGUGUGAUCCCCAGAAUUUUCUGUGGAUCAAA